ACGGACCCGACCUCAGAGCCAACCAACAGGGCGACCAAGCUCAAUUAGCUCAGACUACUCAGCUACCGCCUGUCCGCUCUCAAUUGCUCCAUACCCUACAUGGCGAGGGUUCACCCCAACAUGGUGGCCGCGCCGGGCGCCGUCGACGAGGCGCCGGCCAGCUCCGCGGUGGACGGGCCGACGACGCUGACGGUGUGGCGCAAGUCCCUGCUGUUCGACUGCAAGGGGUUCACGGUGUUCGACGCCGAGGGCAACCUUGCCUACCGCGUCGACAGCUACGCCUCCGAGAGCGGCGACGAGGUCGUCCUCAUGGACGCGGCCGGCCGCCCCGCCUUCACCGUCCGCCGCAAGCGGUUCACCCUGCAGGGCGAGCAGUGGCUCGUCUUCUCCGGCGAGGAGACGCGGAGGCCCGUGUACACCGUCAGGCGGAGCGGCCGCGGCAAGACGUUGGCGCACGUGACGGCGUGCGCGGGCACCGGCGCUGGGCCGUCUUACGAGGUGGAGGGGUCGUACGCGCGGCGGAGCUGCGUGGUGUACGACGGCGAGCGGCGCGCGGUGGCGGAGAUCAGGCCCAAGGAGGUGGUCGGCACGGACGUGUUCCGCCUGGCGGUGCAGCCCGGCGUGGGCGUGCCGCUCGCCAUGGCAGUGGUGGUGGCGCUGGAGCAGAUGUUCGCGAGGCCGUCGCUCCUCAGGAGCUGGUCCACAUAGAUUAUAUAGUUAAUUAUAAUUUGUUUGUUCAUCGGAGUACGUCUCAGUAUAGCCAAGCUUAUAGCUUUUUUUUGCCCCUUGCGCUCAGUUUGGGGUUGGAACUGAGACCGUGUCGAUCGAUGGAUCGAUCGAUCUGUGGGUGUGGGCAUGAGAGCAAGCCGAUCUGUUCGAUGAUGCCCUCCAAAUCAAUCGCAUAUACGUACAUACAUACUACUAUAGUAUGGCCAAAUGAUGUCUUUUUGGUCUGUCGCUGUGUACAUAUUCCUUCAAUCCAGAGAGUGAAAUAAUAUAAACAGUUCUUCUGUA